UCGCAUCUUCACACAGCACACCGGGCGAGUGAAUGUCAGCAGACCGCGGAGAGCUCCGUGCGCCCACCAUGUCCACCCAGCCGGCGGCCGACACCCCGUUCCAGUCGCCGAGAUUCAGCGUCCUCUCGUGGCCGCAGGUCCGCCGCCUGGAUGCCAUCCUCGGGGAGACGGUGCCCAUCCACGGACGAGGGAACUUCCCCACCCUGUCGUGCCGGCCUCGUCACCUGGUGCAGUUGGUUCGAAGUCGUCUGCAGCAAAAGGGUAUUGUAGUUCACAAUGUACGACUAAAUGGCUCUGCUGCUAGUCAUGUGCUGCAUGAAGAUAUUGGACUGGGAUAUAAGGAUUUGGACCUUAUAUUUGUUGUUGACUUGAAAGGGCCUGAUGCAUUUCAGGUGGUGAAGCAUGCAGUGCUGGAUUGCCUCUUGGACUUCCUUCCUCCUGGGGUUAACAAGGAGAAGAUCACACCAAUGACUUUAAAGGAAGCUUAUGUACAGAAACUGGUUAAGGUUUGUACUGAAAGUGAUCGAUGGAGUCUGAUAUCUUUAUCCAAUAACAAUGGAAAAAACAUGGAGUUAAAGUUUGUUGACACUCUAAGACGUCAGUUUGAGUUUAGCGUUGACUCAUUCCAGAUCAUACUUGAUUCAAUGCUUUUAUUCAACCAGUGUUCAGAAGCACUGAUGUCUCAAAGCUUCCAUCCCACUGUGACUGGGGAGAGCAUGUAUGGAGACUUUGAGGAAGCCAUGGACCACUUGCGCAACAAGAUAAUUGCUACACGUAACCCAGAGGAGAUAAGGGGAGGUGGACUUCUUAAAUACUGCAACUUGUUGGUCCGUGGAUUCAAACCAAAAUCAGAAGUGGACAUGAAAACGAUGCAGCGGUACAUGUGUUCUCGGUACUUCAUAGAUUUCCCAGAUAUAAGAGAACAGUUAAGAAAACUAAAAUGCUAUCUGCAGGACCACUUUGUGGGCAUGGAGGACAAGCGUUACGAUUGCUUGAUGACCCUUCAUAAUGUGGUGAAUGAAAGCACAGUAUGUUUAAUGGGACAUGAGAGGCGCCAGACUUUGACACUAAUUGCCUCUUUAGCACUUCAGGUACUAUCUGAACAGAAUGUUGCCCCAGCGAUCCCAAACUUUACCUGCUACUACCAGCCAGCCCCAUUCAUGGGUAAUGGGAACUACAACAGCUACUAUUUUACGCCUUUACAGCCUGUUGUGUCCUGCAGUCACUCCUCAUACCAAACAUGGCUCCCAUGCUGCAACUGACAUGCACACUGAGCAGUGACUGGGGUAUAUGCUCUGCCUGCUGGUCUCCUAAUCAAAAUAGAAAAACCUACAUUUUGUGUGUUAUUAAAGUGGUAACUUGUUAUAGUGUUGGCUGGAGAUCAUAAAGCAUUCAUUUUGCCAUAUACUCCAGUCUCUCAUCAAACUGAACUUACUGAAGGACUACCGUUUGGUAUUCUCAAAU